AUGCUGGAAGGUAUGCUUGCAUUCGCAUUGGUAUACACCGUUUAUGCUGCUGGUGACCCUAGAGCUGGUCCAUUUGGGACCGUUGGACCCUUGGCAAUAGGAUUGACGGUAGAAGCCAUGGUGUUAGCAGCAGGUCCGUUCUCUGGAGGGUCAAUGAACCCUGCAUUGGCCUUUGGGUCUGCUGUCAUUGCUGGUCGCUUCAAGAACCAAGCAAUUUACUUGGUUGGACCCCUAAUUGGAGCUGCAGUUGCUGGGCUUCUACAUGACAUUUUUGUGUUCCCAGGUGAAGCAGCAGUUUCUGGAACUGGGCUGGGGCUGGAUUUUCAACUUCUCCGGUCUUCACUUCUUAUAAUGCCAAUAUUCUACCUCUUUAAUGCCAUUAAUAACUUGCAAGAUGAGCACUGA